GAGGCCUCCUCCUUAUAAAAUCAGUUCAUCUAUACACCGCAUCACUCUGAGCGCAGCCGUCGAGCUAUACCUAGUCUUAAUUUUUAAACAGUAUUCUAUUUUUAGCUUUAACACAAUGGCCUACAUUCAGUCCAUGCCAAAAUCAGAAACCAUCAAACUGAGGGAAAAAUAUGUUGGUGCCGCCUGCCAGCUGUUUUUCCGCUCCAGCCCGCUCAAAAUUGUGCGAGGAGUCGCCCAAUUCAUGUACGACGAGAUGGGGGAACGGUACCUGGACUGCAUCAAUAAUGUUGCCCACGUGGGCCACUGUCACCCGCACGUGGUCGAAGCUGGGCGGAAUCAGAUGUCGCUGAUCUCCACUAACAACCGCUACUUACACGACGAGCUGGUCAUCCUGGCAGAGAGGUUGGUCCAGACGAUGCCUGAACAACUCUCCGUCUGCUUUUUCGUAAACUCCGGCUCAGAGGCCAACGACCUCGCGCUCCGUCUCGCCAGAAUCCACACCAAGAAUAUGGACGUCAUCACACUUGACCACGCGUAUCAUGGCCACCUAACGUCCAUGAUCGAUGUCUCGCCAUACAAACUGAACCUACCGGGGGGGCCGGACAAGCCGGAGUGGGUUCACGUGGCGCCAGUUCCGGACGUGUACCGUGGGAAGUACAUAAGUCCUCGUGAUUCGGACUCCGAGGAGGAGCUGGGCAAAAUGUACGCGGACGAAGUGGGCAAAAUCUGCGACGAGGUCAAGCAAAAAGGCGAAGGAGUUUGCGCCUUCAUAGCGGAGAGUCUGCAAAGCUGUGGGGGGCAGAUUAUCCCCCCAAAAGGAUACUUAGAGCGCGUCUACGAACACGUCCGCGCAGCUAAGGGUGUGUGCAUCGCUGACGAAGUGCAAGUUGGGUUUGGUCGCGUGGGCACCCAUAUGUGGGCGUUCGAGACCCAGGGAGUCGUCCCCGAUAUCGUGACAAUGGGAAAACCCAUGGGCAACGGACACCCCGUCGCCGCUGUCGUCACCACACCGGAGAUAGCGAGGAGCUUCACUGAGACGGGAGUGGAGUAUUUUAACACGUACGGCGGUAACCCAGUAUCAUGCGCCAUCGCGAAUGCCGUACUAGACGUAAUCGAGGAAGAAAGACUCAUGGAGCGCGCGGCCCGAGUGGGUUCCCACCUGCUCAAGCGCUGCGAGACCCUGAAGAAGCAUGCCAUCGUUGGUGACGUGAGAGGCCUGGGGUUGUUCGUCGGCGUCGAACUGGUCAAGGACAGGAGUAAAAGAACCCCAGCUACGAAUGAAGCCAAGUUUGUAGUUGAACGCAUGCGCGAAGAGAAGAUCCUCAUAAGUCGCGACGGGCCGGACAACAACGUGCUCAAGUUCAAGCCGCCGAUGGUGUUCGGCGUACAGGACGCGGACAGGGUCGUGGACACGCUAGACAGAGUCCUCGCCGAGUUGGACACACAGACUGUGGUGAUGAAGAAGCACGUUACACCGAUCAGUGACGGAGUCGAAAGCAGCGAUAUGAAGCUCAAGAAAAAGCUCAAUAAACAGAUAAAAGCUAUGUAAUUUAAGCUCAAAGAAAUCUCAAAAGUAUUGUCGAAUAAUUGUCGUAAGUUUUGUAAAUAUUGUUAUUGUAAAUAUAAUAUGAUAAGUAGUUGUAAUCUAGUUGUAAGUUUUGUUAUAAAAAAAUAGAAGUAAGAAAUAUGAAUA